AUGGCGAUUGAUUAUGACAAGCUCACCAAGGCUGAGUUCAGCCAACUCGCCGGAGUUCCCGAGGAGAUGGACCAUGUGUUGGUCAAGUGGGUCCACGAUAAUCUCAAAAUUCCGUUUAAACCUGAUGAAAACUACGACAGAAUGAUCUGCGGCUUACCCUACAACGCGUACCAGCCCGAGCUUGAGCACCAACGUAUGAUUGUGAGAGACAAACUUCGUGAUUAUGGUGAUUUCAGGUGCCGGAAUUACGCUAACCAUCAGGAAUAUAUUAAAGCUAAAGCGACUUGGUUAAAGGAGGAACUUCUCGGUAAAGUUGGGGAUAACGUCUUCAUCGAGUACCCCAUAUACUUCGAUUAUGGCUUCAAUACGCUGGUCGGAGAUAACUUCUAUGCCAACUAUGGGCUUACCAUUUUGGACGUAGGGCUCGUAAAGAUUGGUGAUAAUGUCAUGUGUGGCACCAACGUGCUGAUUCUUACGGCUACCCAUCCGUUGGACCCGACGCUUCGAGCAUCGUUGAUGGAAAGCGGAAAUCCCAUUAUUAUCGGCAACAAUGUCUGGUUAGGGGCGAAUUCGACGGUAUUGCCGGGUGUGACAAUCGGCGAUGGUUGCGUGAUUGGAGCUGGUGCCGUGGUCACGAAAAAUGUCCCUGAGAAUUCGGUGGUGGUGGGUGUUCCGGGGAGAGUAGUCAAAACGUUAGAUCCUACUGAUAAGCUGGUAGAUGUGCAGGCAUUGUUGAAAAAGCAUGGCUUCGAUUAUCAAUGA